AUGGUAGGAGCGCCAGUUACAAGGGUUGAGGAAUCUCAGCCAGUGCGUGCCCCAAUCGAACAGCACAACCGGAGUGCUGAAAUCAGCAAGCUACCCUCACCUCCGGGUAGCAAGCCAGAAGUCGAGUUCUCCACCGAAAUCGAUACCCUCAUGAGAGCGAUCCAGUCGAAACCACGAAGUGCGUCCCAGCCACAGCUACAGCUACCACCUCUUCAGAAGUUCAACAACGGUGCUACUACGUCGAGUAACGUUGGCAUGCAUGGUGGUGCUCCCGAAUGGGCUCAGCCAAACUACGGUGCCCCCAUUUCCCAAGAGCAGGCCCAACAGAUACAACAACCCGGCUAUGCACCCCAUCAGCAGACGCGCAAUGCAUCGACGAAGCAAAAGUCACGACGCAAGUACGAGUGCACACUACCGGAGUGUCGCAAGAAUUUCACGCAAAAGACACACCUGGACAUCCACAUGCGAGCCCAUACCGGUGACAAGCCAUUCCUUUGCGGCGAGCCUGGUUGCGGUCAACGCUUCUCCCAACUUGGAAACCUGAAGACUCAUGAACGGCGGCACACCGGAGAGAAACCCUACUCCUGUGAUAUCUGUCACAAGCGUUUUGCUCAACGAGGAAACGUUCGCGCUCAUAAGAUCACCCACGACCAAGCGAAGCCAUUUACGUGCCGACUAGACGAUUGUGGGAAACAAUUCACACAGUUAGGAAACCUCAAGUCCCACCAAAACAAAUUCCACGCUCAAACUCUACGGAAUCUCACCGUGCGGUUUGCCAUGAUUACUGAGCCUGAUAGAAUGAACCCACAGGACGCAGAAAUGUGGGAAUACUUCGCCAUGCUCUAUAAAAACAGCAACAAGGGCAUCAAAGGUCGCGGAAAAGAUCGCCGCGUCUCAUCGACUGCAAAAGCCCGUUCGAAUUCCACCAAGACAAACAACUCCGAUACGAGCGCUAAUAAUAUCAUGAAUUCCGUUCCUGUCUCAGCUGCUCCGAACAACAGAAUGCCCACACACCAACUCGCACUUGGUAACGAAGAAGAGGCAAAGCUAAUGCGGGAAAGAAGCUACCACCGUGGUACUUACCUUGGAACCCCCAGCAGUGAUGAUGUUGAAUUCCACGAGCAGAUGUAUCAACGAGGGGGUCACUAA